GGUGGCUGCGGGGGCUGUGUGCGGGGCGGCGGGCGGAGCUGGAGACCGCAGAGCCGACGGAGCUCCGCGAAACUUGCCGCGGUCCCGGGUCCCCUCACGGUGGAAACCGGGGCUCCCUCAUGAGAGCGGCCCCAGGAUUCCCUCCGACAUUCGUGUAAAGCCGCCAAGGAAAAACAUUGUCGGGUCAUAGAACGAUACAGUUUGUUGUCGCCUACAAUCGUCUGUCAGAAGUUACAGUUUGAAGACAUAAAGUCGUGUUGUCAAAGGGGAACCAGCAGCUGGUACAGAUACGAAGGAAUGAGAGGAAAAUAUCUCUUUCCACGAGGCCAGAUACUGAGGAAGGGUGGUUCCCAGUCGGUAUGGCAGUGUUCCAUGCCAAGGGGAGUACCACGAGGGCAUCAUUCCCGACAGAAAAGAAGAUCCUUGUAUGCAGACAAAAAUGCAGUAGGUAAUGAGCUGAAGAGCAAACCUCAGAUUUACAUUGUGCUUAAUUAUUUUAUGAAUCUUGUAUAAGCCAUACAGGGACUGCAUCCUGUAACAGAAGGAGGAAAGCCCCACCGCCCAUGGGCGCCGUGUCUGCCCGUGCCCCAGGGUUUGGCGGCCGCUGUGCUCCAGCAGGGAGGAGCGCCCAGCCCUCCCUGUCCCGAGGAGCGAGCCUGCAGUGCCGGCACUGCCGGGGAACAGCGCUGCUCCCGGCAGGGAUCGGCCUCGGCUCAUCCCCGCGGCAAGGCCGGAACAAAGCUCUGACAAGAUGCGUGGUGCGAAAAGUAAAUCAUUAGCCCUUGCCGGACUGCUUCUCAGCUGCCUAGGAAUGAUCUUUUCAGCUAACACAGGUUUCUCUGUGUCUGUAUAUGAUGUGACAUCACGAAGCAUUUCUCUCAGAUGGCCCAAGUUUUCAGGAGCCUCUUCUUACAGGGUCACAGCUACAGCUGUGAAUACUGUAGGCCAUUCAUUACUGGCUCAUUUUAGUGAUGUUACACUUAAAGCAACUCUAACUUCAUUAAUUCCCAGUACUGUUUAUGCUGUACAAGCAGAAGCCAUUGACAAGAAUGGAAUUAUUCUUGCAGAAGCACAGAUUAUGCAAUCAACAGCUCCAGACAUUCCUGUUAUUGACCGAGCUUAUUCAAAACUUAGCAACAGUAUCACAGUGGAAUGGAGAGCGGUACCUGGGGCUACUGGUUACAUGCUGACUGCACAAGAUGGAGAUUCCUUCAUUGAAACUGUGGUUAAAAAUUCUCCAGGCACAGUGACGGGGCUGAAACCUGCCACCUUGUACAGAAUCACUAUCAGAUCUAUAAAUUCGGGAGGAAAAAGCCAGCCUUCACCUUUCAGAAAAGCAAAAACAGUCCUGGCCGCUCCGAUUCUGUCUGUGAGUUCUCCGAGCUGUGACUCCAUAGCCCUGAGCUGGCACGCUGUGUAUAUGGCAGCUGGAUUCUCCGUGUCCCUCAUGAGGUCGGAUGGUUUGGGCAGAAUGCUGAGGGAGAACACCACCAAUACCUCCUUGAUAUUUACAAAUCUAGAUCCAGGAACUCUCUAUACUAUCAAGGCUUAUGCCUGGAAUGCCAAUGGGAUGCCUGGAGAUGAUUUCACAUAUAACCAAAGAACAAGUCCUAACGCACCGGUGGAUGUUAAAGUGGCUUUUAAUAGUGGUGCUUUAAGAGUUUCUUGGAUGCCAACAGAAGGAGCUCUGACUUACAGUGUCACAGCCUCCGAUGGACUCUUGAAACUGAAGUGCAACACCUCCUCCUCCUUCUGCACGGUGCCAUCCCUCCAGUGCAGCUCUGAAUAUCAUGUUUCUGUCACAGCAUACAAUGAUGCUGGAUCCAGUAAACCUACUGAUGCAGUAAGCUUAAAAACCAUUCCUUGUGCACCAGGUAACAUAUCAAUUGAAGAGGAUGAACCUGGUCACUUGCUGGUGUCAUGGUCUAGCGUCAGUUUUGGUCAUUAUUAUGUGGUUUUUGUGAAGAGUGAUGAUGGCUUGGAAGUGCACUGCAACACAUCACAUACUCAAUGUCAUUUCCAGUCGGACUGUGGCUUCACUUAUUUCAUUAGUGUCUUUGCAUAUAACAAGGCAGGGCAGAGCCCUUUAGGUGAUGUAUUCAAUUACACUACUGCUCCUUGUUGCCCCAGCGACUUCAGGGCCGCGUUCGUGUCCAGCGACACCGUGCGGGUCACCUGGGCUGCCGUGCGAGGCGCCGACCUGUACGAGACCAGAGCUGCCUCCCGGAGCACCGCGGUGCUCUGCAACGACACGGCCCCGGCCUGCACCCUGUCUGCUCUGCAGUGCGACACCCGCUACCGCAUCACCGUGCGCUCCCUCAGCGAGGCCGGCGGCACCAACACCUCCUGUGCGCCCCAGCACCUGGCUACAGCUCCCUGCAGUCCUGAAAUUAAAAAUAUCUCAAAGGAGGGUCUUUCUGCAAUCAGUGUACAGUGGGAAUCUCACAAUGAAGACGCUACAUAUGUUGUCACUGCCAGAGGAGAGGCUGGACUUUGGCAUUGCACAAGCACUGGAAGCUCCUGUACCUUAACUGAUCUUCCCUGUGGAUCUGCUUUCACUGUUAGUGCUAUAGCAAAAUCACCAGCAGGACAGAGCUUACCAAGCUACAGUGUCCCUUUAGAGACGGAUCCUUGUUGCCCCAAUGACCUGAUACUAACUCAAGUGACACAGUCUGUAACAAAUGUCAGCUGGUCUGCUGGGAAGGGUGCACAGACGUACGUAACAACACUGGAGUCCCCGAAAGGACAGGCAAAGUGUCGCACUCUUCAGAACUACUGUCUGCUGGGAUGCAUCACAUGUGGCACCAACUAUACAGUGUCUCUGAAAGCAAUUAGUGAAACGGGGCUGACAGCCAGUUGCACCUAUCAGGGAUAUUCUUCCAGUGCUUGCUGCCCUUUUGGGGUGAAGCUCUACAGACUGAGCAAUAAUGGCAUCAGGGUGUUCUGGAGAGCCUCUGAUGAAACAAUAAACUACAGCACUGAUUUACGUGGCUCAAAAGGCAACUUCACCUGUACCCCCAGCACAGGAGGAAGUCACUGUGACAUCACUGAGAUACCCUGUGGGGAUGUCUACACAGUGGUGGUGGCUCCACUUACUGAUAAGGGGCCAAAGCUCACAUUUUGUCCUAAAAAAAUAUAUUCAGUAACCUGUUCUGGAAGCUCUGUUGGAAUGGUGAUUUAUAGAGGGAAGAGCAAUGCAGAACACAUCUAAAUGAAAAGUCUGAUUCGGGUAAGGAGGUAAGUUACAAGAAUCGCAAUUGAUAUUAUGAUCAAACUUUUCUUGUUGAUUCAGUCUUUGGGAUUGGAGAUAAUCCAUAUUUACCUCGAAAAGCUCAUGUUGUCUACUCCU